AAUUCUAUGCUUAUUCUCCAACUUUGUCUUUCUAUGUAAACACCAUGAUUUUAACAUGACAACAUAAUCACAGACUCCCCGUCUCUCUCUCUCUCUCUCUCUCUCUUUUUCACUUCUCCAUAGAUAACGCUCAUGGCCUCUCUACGCUCACUUCCAUCGUUCUCUCCUGAAGAGCGCCUGAAAAAGCUAGACAUAGAUAACUGGGUGCAAAAAGGGUUACCUGAAAAAAUAGAGAAAAAAAAAAUGGCUAGAAUUCCAGUGAAGUUUCAAAGAGUAGCGGCGGCUUUUGAUGAGGUAGCUAAGGUGAGACUCUGCGAGAGCAGUGGGAGCGAACACUCGCCGGAAAGUGACACGUAUUUAUCGGAUCUCGUUAAGUCUUUUAUCGAAAGAGGUGGUGGUGGUGUUCAUGGUGAAGAUGGUAAUUAUGAGGAAAUUCAGUCCGAGAUGGAGCACAAAAGUAGAGAUGGAGAUUCCGACGGCUAUUUGUCUGAUUCAGAGACAAAAGAUUUGCUUCAGGGUCUGUUUGGCUGUGGUGGUGAUGAUGAUGAUGUGAAAAGAAAGAUUUACGCUGAGGUAGAAGCCUUUUUGGGUCUUACCGGAGAUUAUAAAUCUUCCCGGAGUUACAAACGCCGGUUGAUGACUCAUUUACGCCAAAAGGGAUUCGAUGCUGGCCUUUGCAAAUCAAAAUGGGAAAAAUCCAAAAGAUUUCCUGCUGGAGAGUAUGAAUACGUAGACGUGGACGUUGAAGGAAACCGAUACAUAAUCGAAGCAUUCUUAAUGGGAGAGUUCGAAAUAGCCAGACCCACGAAUCAAUACGCUUCUCUAUUGGAGAUAUUCCCCAAGAUAUUUAUUGGGAAAGUAGGAGAGCUGAAGCAGAUAGUGAGGAUACUGUGCAGAGCAAUCAAGCAAUCGAUGAAAAGCAGGGACAUGGCAAUGCCACCAUGGAGAAGAAAUGGGUAUAUGAUGGCCAAAUGGUUUGGUUCCUACAAACGAACAACCAAUAAAGUUUCAGCCGGAAAAGGAAGCUCUGAGCAACAACAACAACGAGACGAUGACGCAUCUGGUGGGAAGAGACGUGUGGGUUUUGAAACAUUUCCUAACACGUCUUAUUUUUGCAGAGAUGAAAUAGCGACUAAGAUUGGGUUGAGAGUAGGACUUUUAACCGCUGCUUUUGAAUCAGGCUUCUAAAAGCCUCUAUUGAUUAUGCUUUGUUUAGGUAUAGAGAGAUUUUAUUUGUCUUAAUUAGGUGAUUUUUGGGAAUUUUAUAUAUUUGCGGAUCGUUUGGGUGUUUUUUUUUUUUUUUUGGGUAUUUAUAUUAGAUUUUGGCCGCUGGUACAACCAAGCAAUUGGUGUAUCAGAAAUUCCUUGUAAAAAAGAAAAAGGUUGAAAUUAUGUCAAAUAUUAUAUCAAAAUCCCACUUAUUUUCAAUGUAAUAUGUCCCAGUUUAUCCGAAUUACUUG